AUGACCGAGAUGUCGCUGGCCAAGUCCAGGUCCGGGGAUGCAGGGAAGGAUAGCCUCAAGGAACAAACAUCUGCGACCAAGGCCGAAACGACCGGCGCGGGGAGUCACUCCAGUCCCAAGAAACGCCGAAAGGUGAAUCACGCAUGCGUUUAUUGUCGCCGUUCGCAUAUGACCUGCGACUCGGAGCGUCCUUGCACUCGGUGUAUAAAGCGCAACAUUGGCCACUUGUGCCAUGACGAACCGAGAGAGACUACGAAGCGCGGACGUGGCGAACACGAACAUUCGGCUGCAGACGAGGAGGGCUCGAACAAUGAUCUAGCUGUUCAAGGCAUGCCUAGGAGUGUCGACGUAACCGAUGCUGCGGGUCAGCAACAAUUCCCUGAAGCUACGGUCGGAAUUGCGCCCUCGGCUGUGAAUCCGACUUCCACCGUGCCGCCCGGAAACCUCUCCACGUCUGGCCAGGACCUCGAGGCCAAUCCUCAGCUUAUGCCGUACAAUGACUGGGUAGGAGGCCAGAAUCAAUUCCAGGAUAUGCAUUCGCUUCACCCGUCCUACAUGUUUAAUGCGCCAGAAGUGACCAAUGAAUACAACUUGCUCGGAGACUUCCUCAGUAACAGUCUGUUGGAUGAUGGGGCAAUGUUCCAAAACCAAGACAUGCCCGGGAUCUACUCUGACUCGACGUUGAUGAACUCUAUGAAUGGCAUAGGAAUGUCGAAUGGCUUACCGCCCCCGGCGCAGCUUCCACCACCAGCGCAAAGUCAUGCGCCACAGGGAGACACAAUUCAACGACCAACCUCAACUGUGGGCAAUGACAAAGCCCGGGAAACGUACUACAUGACGGCCGCCGAUCCAGCGGGAACUGACCCACCAGAGGAGCGGAUGAACAAGCUCCUCAAGGCCAAAUAUGACGCCGGGUUAUUGAAGCCGUUCAAUUAUGUCAAGGGAUAUGCAAGAUUGAAUCAGUACAUGGAGAAGCACAUGCAACAAAUAUCCCGACAGAAGAUCCUACGACAGCUUGACAAGUUCCGGCCAAAAUUCCGAGAACGCAUGCAGAGUCUGACUGAUAUCGAAUUGAUUCUUGUCGAGAUGUGGUUCGAGCGGAGCCUGAUGGAGUAUGACCGUGUGUUUGCUAGUAUGGCUAUUCCCGCCUGCUGUUGGCGCCGGACAGGGGAGAUUUUCCGUGGCAACAACGAAAUGGCCCAGUUGAUUGAUGUCCCCAUUGAGGGUUUGCGAGAUGGCAAGCUUGCUAUCCACGAAAUCAUUGUUGAGGACCAGCUGGUGAGCUACUGGGAAAAGUUUGGUGCUAUCGCCUUUGACAAUACGCAAAAGGCCAUGCUCACCAGCUGCACCCUUAAGAGUCCCAACCCUAACUCAACGGGUGAUGGUAUCACUUGCUGCUUUUCUUUUACCAUCAGACGUGAUAACCAUAACAUUCCAUCUCUUAUUGUUGGCAACUUCCUCCCUAUCGACAAAUAA